GCCAGUUGUUGAAGUCAUUAUUCGCGCGCACCUCGUCGACGACACCAGUAUGAGCGGCAAACUGCGCAAUGGGAACGAUGGAGGCCCGAAAGGGAGCAAAGCACCACCAGUCAUGAUGGAGUCCGUGGCGACGCAGACAGAGGGCCUGUCCGUGGGCAAGAAGAAGAAGAAGAAGAAAAAGAAGAAGAAGAAGGCGGGAACAGACGUUGACGCCGCGUCUGUGACAGGCUCCAUUGGUGGCAUCGACGACGACGAGGACUCGGACAUCGAGUCCGCGAUUCUCGAAGACGACAACGCAGACAACGACGACGCUGCUGAUACCAAUGCGGUAACGGUCGUGCGAAGUGAGCGUUCCAACAGCGUGGAGGUGGAAAUCCAACGCCGAUACGACGCAUCCUCCCCGGCUGCAAUGGAAGGACAGAAAGGCGGUGUGGCGAACGACGUCAUGUCCCUUCCACUGUCAGCGCGGCUCGAGAAAGCGGCGAGCCACUCCAACCUAAAGUCAGGCCUCUUGGGGCUAGUGGAUUGGAGCCGCUUGGGUUUAAGCCCUGAUGUGCUCACGCUGUUCUUUGAAAGCCGCGCGUUAACGCUUCUCUUGGAGAACUUUUUCCGCGUCUGUCCCGUCCACGACUCCCUGUACGACAGCUUGACGUUGCUGCUGUCGAAUCUGCUCGUGGGAACCUUUCCCUUCAGUACAGGCACUUCAACGACAUCGUCCUCCAAAGACGACGCGGCGCGCAUCGUCGUGCAGAGCAUUCGGUCGAUUGUUGACUCGAUCCGUGUGCUCAAGAAACUCAAACAUGACGACAAGACGUCAUCCGUCGCGACGCAAUUGAUUCCGCGAGUCGCCAGCGCGUUGCACGACCUGAUUGUCGACGCCCACACGCGCCGACUCUCCCUCGACAGUAUCGGCAAAGCGUGCGACCUCGCGACGGACAUUUCGACCAUGGACGACCAGCUCAAAGUCAUGCUGGCCAACGAAAACACCAUCCGCGGUCAAUCUAUCCGCGACACGUUCCGGCGACGAGACCUGCGUAGCGAAUCCAUCGCGGUGAGCGCCAAGAAAUUGGGGACGCUCUUGGCGUUGGUGGCACCCGCCGCAGACCAAAGGUUUUCCACACCCAGUCCGGCGUUGGGAUCCACCAAGGGCGAUGCCAGUGGCGUGAUCAGUUUGGCCUUGAAUGGCCCAGUGGAAACGGACGCAUCAUCGACGAUGGGACCUCGACUCGCAGAGGUGCACCAACAACGUCAAGGGCAACUCGCGCCGUUGCACGAACGCAAGGAGAAAUUUGCCCACGAGUUGUCUGCGUUGAAGCAACGGCACGACGAAUUGAGCGUCCUUUUGGCCGACGUGGAGACUCGUAUGACUAUUCUGACGCAGCUCCAAGCCGAGGUCGUGGGUGACAUUGCGUCUGUGGAAGGCACCUUCGACGACGAAGUUAGUCAGUUUGGCUCGGACCACAGCAUCGCGAUUGCCUCGUUGCAAGGAUUGGAGAAGCAGCAGGGUAUUGUCACCACCUUCCGUGACCUGCGGUCGACCUUGGACACAUUGUCGUCCACGUCGUUGCUGCAAAAUGUCGCUGCGAGUGUCCAGCAGCAUUUGAACGGAGUGCGUCGGUAUGCGUCUGCCCAAGCCAUUUGUGUGCAGUUCAUGAAGAAUCGCAUCGUGGAUGCUGAAAUGAAGCGACACAAAGCGCGGGUCGAGCUGGACGCGUACGUUUCGUUGGGCGCGAAUGCACUGAGCGAUGACUUGGAGGGCCAAAUCACUGACUUGUCGGCACGGAUCGACGAAGACGAGCAGUGCCUCGCGGCCCUUCAACGGCGUGACACGGACGUCCGGGCGCAGUUUGAAGCUCUAGUGGCAGGCGAGCUUCACCACGCCAAGGAGGCCGCCAACUUGUCGUGGGACCCCCAAGUGGUGAACGACGUCCGCCACAUAUUCGGCAAGAUAUUUGCAGUGUACUCGCAAAAGUGUCGAGCAUCAUCCACGUCGAGUCGGUCCAAGAGUUGGGAUACGGUGGAAGAAAGUGUCAAAAGCUUGAACGAGAUCCAAACCGACGAAUUAGAAGACCAAAUUACGAGAGAUAACCUCGCGCGAUUGGAAAACGGUCAGCGCCCCACGCGGUCCUCCGAGUUGGACACGAUGCGAUUGAAACACUAGCAACAAUCAUCUCCUUUACGAUAACAUGCGACAGACACCCCACCAUGAACGAACGCAUACAACGAAAGUCUAUAUUUUGUUUGCGAGGUACUACUAAUGGCUUAGUCGUGGGGGUUCAACAGCGUGUGGUACGAUGACGUGAUCAUGUUGAUCUCUUCCUCCAAUUGAAAUGUUGCGUCGGCUUCCUGCUGCAGUCGCUCCUGCAGUUGCUUGUUGCGGUUCUUCAACGCGCGCAAGAUGCUGUGGUCUGAUCCGUUGGACGAUGCAUUGCUUUGUCUGGAAUUGGUGGUGCUGGUGGUGCGACACUGGAGGGGCGGAGGGUUUGUUCGAGCUGCGAUGGGAGUGGUCGAAGCGGUCGAUGGUGGUGGUGGUUGAUGAGGUGUGGACGAUAUAUGAAUCACCGUCUUGGGCUGUUCGCUUUCAGGCUCAUAAGGUUUGCCUCCCACGACUGGACGGCGCUCCAAUUCUGGCCUGUAUGUUUCGUCACUGUAUAACGCGCCAGCAGGUGGAGCUGCCCUCUACGUGCUCCAAUCAGUACGAGGGAAAUGUGACAGACAAG